AUGCACAUUGAGAAUGUGUCUCAAGACUCAACGCACGACAGUGUUGCUGCGGAAGCGAGGGGCGGCGACCUGAGCGAGCUUCCUUCGAACUACUAUUGGAACUGGAGGUUCAUCGGAUCGUUGAUCGCUGUAGUUUUCAUGGCCCAGGGACUCUAUCUAGGUUACGUACUGCCCGCAAACACAAUUACCAUCAUCAAUGCCGACCUGGGACCAGAUCCUAACUACGCGCUCAUACCUGUCGUCAAGACACUCUGUGGUGGUGUGGGGCUCAUCAUGGUCGGACGUCUCAGCGACAUCUUCGGCCGACGAUGGUUCAUGAUCGGAGGAGGGGUUCUAGGCAUAAUCGGAUCCUUGAUAAACGCAACUGCAAAGGACAUCAACACCAUUCUCGGAGGCACCGUUUUCAUUGGGCUCGCAGGCGCCGUUCAAGUGUCUUUCAGUUUCGUCUUGAUGGAGCUUGUUGCCAACAAGCACAGAGCUGUGCUUACAGGUUUUUUGUUCCUGACGACCUGCCCACUCGCCGCGUUUGGUCCACUCAUUGCUCGUGCGCUUGCUGCAUACACCGCACUUGGCUGGCGCUGGAACUACUACCUCAACCUCAUUACAAACGUUCUAUCUGUCCUCCUCUUCUACGUGUGCUACCACCCUCCGAGCCACAGACAGCUACAUGAAGGAAGAAGUAUGCGACAAGACCUCAAAGACCUUGAUUGGGGAGGCAUUGUCUUGUACUCUGGUGGACUGACAAGCUUCAUCCUUGCGCUCUCAUGGGGCGGUGGACUGUAUCCCUGGGCUUCCUAUCACGUUUUGGUUCCCCUCAUUUUGGGUUUCUUCAUUCUGGUCGCUUUCGCACUAUAUGCAGAGAUCUAUAUGCCGUUGAAGUACCCAUUGAUUCCCAUGAAUCUGUUCCUGAAUGGACCAUUUAUGGCAUUAGUGGGCGUCGCAUCUGUAGCAAGCAUGUUUUACUACAGCUUGACAGUCAUCUGGCCUCAGAUGGUCACGGCGCUGUACGAAUCGGAUUCCAUCAUGAUUGGUUUGGUUUCAGGUACUCUAGGUGGUUCCAUCGCAUUCGGACAGGUCUUCGGCGGCGGCUCCAUCAAGCUCGGUUGGGGUCACUGGCAACUUCGUGCCUCUUCUCUUGCGAUGUGCGGCUUCAUUGGCGCUAUGGCAGCGACCGAUGCCUCUACGCGCGGCUUAGCUAUAACAAUGUGCGCUCUCGGAGCUUUCGCAGUCGGUAUUGUAGAAGUUGUUGGUAUCGUCGCCGUGCCCUUCACCGUUGCACCUGAGGACCUGGGCCUCGCUAGUGGUCUUCUCGGCUCAGUACGCUCUACUCUAGGCUCGGUAGCCACGGCCAUAUUUUCCAGUAUCCUUACCACACGCAAAGCUAAAGAAAUCCCGCCACGACUCACGUCCCUCGCGGCCGAAGAUAACCUCGCGCCUGCGUCUGUUAGAGCAUUGAUCAAAGCUGGGCUUUCGGGUGCUGCCGCGACGGUCGCAAAGAUCCCGGGAAUCAGGUCCGAGAGACUACCAGCGUACAUGAUUGCCAUUCGCGAUGGUAAUGUCAAAAGCUAUCAUAUGGUGUUCUACUCUAGUCUUGCUUUUGGGGGCAUCGCAGUAGUCUGCGCCUUCUGCUGCAAAGAGUUCAACAGCCAUUUCACGGAUCGCGUUGACCGCAAGCUGCAACACCCUAAGAGGCAGACCGAGAAGGAGGUUUGA